AUGAAAAUCGUUGUUUUUUUGAUCCUGGAGGCGUUAUUUGAAAGAUCUACCAAGGUUCCAUAUAUGGAUACUCCUGAUAAGUGCUACAUAGUUAAUCGGGCGGACCUUCGACAAACACUUCAAAAGUCAGAUAAGGGUGUUUUCAUUGUCAAAGAAAACAAUCCCAUGAGACGUGACAGGGAGGCAAUUCAUGAAGCAACAAAAGGUAUCGACUGUACUGUUGGUGCCUAUAUUCAACAAAGAAGACAUUUUGAGAACUUGAUAGAGACCAAGGCAGGCCUUGACGAUCUGGGGUUUGUGGACGUGACAGAACUGCUGGACAGAAUUGAAUUCCAACCGUUUGACUUGAGUUUUGAGAUAGACCGUCAGUAUAAAGUGUUCAAAAUAUAUGAACUGACGCUAUUCAAGUAUAACCAGUUUUGGUCAGAAACCAACUUCAAAAACAUGCUACAAAUCUUGCAAGCAAGCGAACUCUUAAACGGCAAAGGUGGUCCAGGUCACACCUGCUCUCAUUAG